AUGGCCGAUGAGAAAAAUACACCAAAUAUUUAUACUUCUCCUGCAGUACAUCUACCAACUACUCAGCAACUGAGGGAGAUAUCUGCAGAUCUCGGAUUUAACCUCACUGAUGACCAACUCGAGCAGCACAGAGAAUACAUGAAAGGUAUCCAACAGCAAUAUCAGAUGUUAGAGGAACUGGUUGAACCCACACUGGAAGUUAAGUUCCCACGGACACCUGGUCAGAAACCAAGGCCUGAGGAAAAUCCGUAUAAUGCAUGGGCCCAGUGCUUAGAUAUUAAAGGAUCCGAAGAUGGCAAGUUGAAGGGUAAAACUGUUGCAAUUAAAGACAACAUUGCUGUAGCAGGCGUUCCUAUGACAAAUGGCAGUAAAACAUUUGAAGGAUACAUCCCUGAAUUUGACGCUACUGUUGUUACGAGAGUAUUAGAAGCAGGUGGUAGGAUUUUAGGGAAGGCCGUUUGUGAAGAUCUUUGUUUCACUUCCAAUAGUUUUACCUCUAUCAGUGGACCUGUUACAAAUCCACGAGACAACACAAGGACAACCGGGGGGUCCAGCUCCGGAUGUGCAGCUCUUGUUUCUGGUGGAGUGGUCGAUUUGGCAAUAGGUGGCGAUCAAGGAGGGUCCAUUAGGGUUCCAUCUAGCUGGUGUGGUAUAGUAGGUCUCAAACCAACAUACGGUUUAGUUCCUUACAGCGGUGCAUGCUCCAUUGAAACCACAAUAGAUCAUCUUGGUCCAAUGGCGAAGACAGUGGAUGACUGUGCUCUGUUAUUAGAAGUAUUGGCUGGGCAUGAUGGAUUCGACCCGCGACAAAGAGAAAUGGAUAUUCCUGAAUAUACUAAGCUAAUUGAUGGUGGCGUGAAAGAUUUGAAAAUAGGAUUUGUCGAGGAGGGAUUUGCCAUAUGUGAGUCUGAUGUCGUUAAUGUUGUCAAAGCAACGGCUGAAGUAUGGAGAAAAGCUGGUGCAACAGUAGAAGAUACCUCCAUUCCUAUGCAUACAUACGGAAAACCCAUAUCUUCAACGCAGGCUACUGAGGGAACAUAUCUUCAAGGAUUCAUAGGUGCGAAUAUUGGAAACAAGGGCUUCUAUCCAAACUCAAUGCUGGAACAUUUUAAAAAGCAUGUGAAGUUGAGACCAUACGAUUUACCACCGACCUAUCAAUCUAUGUGCCUUUGGGGAGAAUAUACAAAACGUAACUACCAGUCAAAACAUUACGGAAAGGCACAAAACUUGACUAUUGCAUUGACAGCUGCAUAUGACAAAGCAUUGGAAACGUAUGACGUCAUUGUGAUGCCAACGUUGCCAUACAAAGCGCCUAAAUUGCCAGAUGUCGAUGCUAAAUUAUCAGUGUUGCUUGACGAGGCAUCGAGUUUUACAACUAAUACAUUUCCAUUUGAUGCAACAGGGCACCCGGCCAUUUCCAUAAACGCUGGGUUUUCUGAAGGUUUGCCGAUAGGUGUCAUGAUUGUUGGCCGCCAUUACGAUGACGUCAUGAUUCUAAGAGUGGCCAAGGCAUUGGAGAGAAAUUUGACAAAUACAUGA